GUUGCCGUUCAGCAAUGCAAUUCGAAUGUCCAGUCGCUUGACUCUCCGCCAUACUAGAAUUCAUUUGGUGUCUUUAACUUCCUGCGAUAGUGAGACAUUGCCAUUAGUGAUAAACAUACACCGAAAGAAAGUAAAAACUGCUUUUCAUACCAAAAGAGCUAAUUCAAGUGAGAAUUAGAAAUUUUCAUUAAAAAAAAAGAAAUAAAAAAAUGACAAAUAAUAAUCACUCCGUCAAAUAAUUCAACCACUGCUACGAUCCAUUAAAAAUAAAUUUUCGAUUAAUCAAAAAUGUGGAAUCGCAAAGUGUACGUGAGAAUUAUCGAGGUGCUUCUCUGCAUCGCCUGCGUCGUCGCUCUUCGCGUUACGGAUGAUGAGAGCAGACGAGUUUUCCAUUACCUAAGGAAUCGGAGCCGCGAAUGGUCGUUGCUUAACAACGUAACGUGGGGCACCAUAGGUGCUGCACUUGCAACCGCAACCUGCGGAGGAUACGUGAUAGUCAGCGCAGGUCUGCUUGUAGGCGCGGCGAGCGAUGAGUUGCGUGGUAGGAAAACGGAAUUCUUACUCCUCGGACUGGGCGUUGUCUUGUUUGGUAUCGUUGGUUCCCUGUCAUUGGCGUCGAUUGACAGCGUCCCUGAGGAUCUGGUUGACAAUGCUGCUGUACUUGGAGCACUUUGCCUCCUGACGGCUCUUGUAUUCAUUGUUGAUUUGCUGAUGAAACCAAUCGGCGGGAAGAAGAAGCACGACGCUACUCAGACACUUACUGAUAAGGAUUUAGCCAAGUCGGGUACUACUGCUCUGAUGAUGAUGGAGAAGGAUGCUGGGACUCAGGCCAAGAGUGGGAAGACUGGUAGGGAUUUGGAAAAUGGGACCAAGCUGAUCAAUGGGACUGUCAAUGGGGCCUUUGACAGAUCGAAUGAUCUUCCUGAAAAUCAGAGUAAACAUACUGAACGGGAACCGGAAAGAGAAGUUGAGAAUUCUGCUGGUAGAAAUUCUCAGACAGGAACGACUGAUAUAUUUGAGGAAGAAAGAAAUCGAAAAUUUGAAAACGUCGAAAGGCAGCUGCGUGAAUAUUCGCAAAACUUUGAGAAUUCAAGACCUUUCCGUGACUCUCAGAGAUAUCGUGAUCAUGAUAAAUCAUCUAGAUCUAUAAUAAGCAGGAAUGAUUAUCGUGAGAAUGAUAGGUAUCGUCCAGCAGAAGGUCCUCCAGGAUAUUACAAAGUUCAGGAUGUGUAUCAACGACCUGAAGACGAGGUAGAUACUCCACGGUUCCCAACGAACUUGGAUAAACGCGGUGAACCGAUCUUUGCAAAGAUCAUUAAUCCCGGUGUGAAAAUCAUGAAGGUCGAUCGUGACUAUACCGAUGAUCGUUUUGAGGAUUACAGGUAUUCAGAUUCCAGUCAGUACGACAACGUGCCGACCCGAAUACGUCGUGAGUCUCCAGGAAUUUUGAAAAAGGAUCGUGACGCCAAUUUUGGAACAGCAGCAGGAAACUUGAAGACGAACCGAAUUCAAAAGAAAUUAGCGGACGAAUUGGAAAUGCUCGAGGAUGCUUUUGGUGCUCUGCAAACAUCCACAGGAACUCAGACAGUUCCGUCAUCCCCUACGGAUCCUGGAUACGUUCGUCAUACAGCAAGCAACUGGCCUCAUGACAAUAAAUAAGGAAAAGGAAAGCGAAUUUUUGAUACAAUGAAACUGUCAAUCAGGAGUGAAAGAAAUUGUGAACUUUCAUUUGAAUUUUCUUUUUAUUUCAUAUGUAUUACAGCAGACCGGCAUGACGGACUUUAUCUUUGUUUACAGUUAGAAAUUAGUAGGCUUAUCUGUAAAUGGGAAUUUGGGUGAACUUACCAAAAUUUCGAGUAAACUAUUUUAAUUGUUACGGUGAGAAAAUUCGCGAUUCUCUGUUUUGGUAUGUAAAGAUUUAAUGUUAACGUGACGUCAUUCACGUGACGUACAUACGCGUACGUCAUGCACUCUCAUAUGAAGUAUCAUCAUGAUAAUUAAUCGUGUUAGUUUUGUAAAUCUUUAUAACAGUAUAGUUAUAUUUGUUUCUCGUGGAAUAAAAAUUCCAAUCUGUAAAUCUUUCUUACAAUUUAUAAAUAAAACAAUUGUCAAAUAUU